UUACAACACACAACAAUGACAUAUACGAAAUGAACACCGAGCGAGAGACGUUUAUGAACAAAGCGAAAAUGGAGUUUAUGUUUGGAAGCGAGUGUAAAUCGUCGUAUUUCACAAACAGUGUUGCUGAGAACGUGGGACAAUUUAAUACCGGAGAACAAUACCUUCACUGGAGCGAUUGCCAAGCGACCGGCUGACCAAACACGAACAGAGUGAGAGUGACAACCAUGGCACCAUUCACCAUUUCUCCACAUCAUUCACUGUCAUAUCAGUGUCAUCUACCUCAGACGGCUCCAUGCCAGCGAUCCAAGAUGAGUUUAGAGUUGUCAUCGAACACGACAGGAACACCUAAAGAUCUACGUCUCAGUGCUUAUCGGAGAAUGUCCGUCUCCCUCACGCUACUGAAAAUCAGACUGCAUCUGUGGCAGGUCAUCCAGAGAGUUCAGAACUGCUUUAUGAGUGUGAUCGAGCUUUUCGGCUCCAACAUGUUUUUAUUAACUUAUGUGGGAAAGAACACCGCCAUGAUGGGCGAGUUGAAAAAGAACAGUGUUGUGGAGGCCCAGGAGAGGCCUGGUGUGGAAAUCAUGAGUGGGAGGCUGGGAUCGGUCGAGUUGGAUAAGGAGAUAAAGGAUUCAGAGAUGGAGCUAGAGGAUGAAGAGUUGACCACGCCUGCUGAAAGGCAGGAAUGGUCAAUGGAUGAUUCUGAGGAAGAGGAGGAGGAUGAAGGCCAGCUCUCAGAAUGGGAGUCUGAAGAAGAGGAUGAUGAUGAAGAAGAGGAGGAAGAUAAUGAAGAACAAACUCCACAUGAGGAAACAGAAUGUGAUGUGGAUUCAGAAUGGUCAGAUGAUGAUGAUGAUGAUGAUAAAGAUUCUGAAACGUCAACAGAGAGCCUUGAGCUUUGGGAAUCCUUCUUUAAGAGCAGUGACCCCUACAACCCUCUGAGCUUCUCCUCCUGCACGGCAUCUCGAACAAACACCUCUAGCACAACCCAGAACCAGCUGACACCGAGCUCUGAAAUCAAACAAACCGAGCCUACACGAGAUACAAAUGAAGAAGAGCAUUAUCCAAAGCCAAGCACAAAGAAGGUGCGUUUCAAUGACAAGGUAACCGUACGCCCUCUAGUGGCUUGGAGUUUUGCUGGCAGAGCAGCUCGGGAUGGUUCUUGUUGGAUGCAGAUGGCUAGAGACCGAGAGCGGUUUAGGAGAAGAGUGGAGAGUGUUGACAACAUCAUCACACCCUGCCUUACACCUGCACACAGAACCGGCGUAUGGGAGAGACUUCAGAAAAAAACGUCUUCAUAAUCCUCCCGCUUUAUUUAUUAUUGCUAUAACAAUAUUGUCUAGCAGUUCACUGUAUGUUUGACAGAACUCUGUAUGGUCUAAUUGAUGGUGCUUUAAAUCUUCAAAGUUUUACUGUUAUUUUAAUGUAUUUUUUUAAGUUGUUUUUCAUUUUAUUUAUUCAUUCAUAUUGUGUUCUACUAGAAAUCAGUGUAAAAGUCUUAAUACACUGAAUAUGUUGUGUACCAGCUGACUCAAUUAUAAAACCUUUUUUAACAUUUAA